CGGACCCACUGGCCUGUUUCAGACAAUGACCUUCUCACAUUGGAGGCCACAGCUUAUGCCCUGUUGGCCCUGGUGAAGGUUGAUGCCUUUGAGGAGGCUGGUCCCGUCGUCAGAUGGCUCAAAAGCCAAGGGUUUCAAGGUGGAAAAUAUUCAUCCACUCAGGUACAGCCAGACCCAUGUAACAAGUAACAUCAAACAUCCAACAAGGGCAAGCCCUUAGCCUGUGGCUAACUAACCUUGGCUAAGUAGGGCUAAUGUCAAUAUCAUAUCAUUUGAAACAGGCUGCUUUGAGGUCAUGCAACAUUGUAACACAAUAUUGGAAAUAUGCUGUGUGUUGGAGAAAGCUGCAUUUAGGAUACAGAAAAUACAAUACUCAAAACUCAAGAGCAGCAUAUAAUGACACUUGUACACUUUCUUACCCCCUGCUUCUGUUUCUUCCAAAAUAGGCCACUAUCACGGUGUUCCAGGCUGUGGCAGAAUACAUGACGAAAGCAGGAAAAGUAAAAGACAUGAAUCUGAAUGUGGAUAUUGAUAUCUCAGGGAGAACUCAAGUCAUCAAGUUGGUCAUUUAACAAGGGUAACGCCUUACUCACACGCACAAACAAGGUAAGGACCUAUGUACACAUAAGCCCAUUUGUAAAACGUGAGAAGUGCAGACCUAUUGUCCAUGAGGGCAGAACAACACAACUUAGCCAAACUAUUGGGUCACCUGAAUCCCCCCUCUCAGUCAAAAUGUUGUGGGUGUGAACAUGGUUCCCUGAGGAAAGGAACAAGGCAACCUGCAUCACAUUUACGUUUACAUUUACGUCAUUUAGCAGACGCUCUUAUCCAGAGCGACUUACAAAUAGGGCACAGAGGGGAAAGGAGAAAUGUUUGUUAGAGGAAGUAAAAUUAGAGAAUAGUUGAUCACAGUGAGACAGAAGAAGGACUAUGAAAGUUUGGGUAGGGAUGUAGGCUAUGUUGUCUGUUAGGCAGGUCUUAAAUUAACGUUUCUAUUCUGUAUAGGUCCAGCUGCAUGAGAACUUCACAGUAACAGCCAAAGGAACUGGACAGGGGGAAUUAUUGGUAAGAAGCAUGCCACUUUUCCUUACAAUGCCUUAAUUCCAGGAGAGAAACUGCCAUUUAGUCUGCCGACAAAUGGGCAAUGAUGCAACAUUUGUUGCUCAAGUCAACGACACAUUUACAUUUACAUCAUUUAGCAGACGCUCUUAUCCAGAGCGACUUACAAAUUGAUACCCUGUUUUCUUUCCACACAAUUGUGCACACACAAUGCACUGGAUUUAAAUUAGCCUAAUUAGUGUGAAGACAAUAUUUGAUAACAUGAAAAGAAAAUGAGUACCCAAGGCUAACCAAGUAACACCAACCCUCUCCUUGCCUAUCCGUGUCAAGGUUACAACCUUAUACUAUGCCAUGCCCAAGGAGAAGAACCAAGACUGCAAAAAGUUUGUGCUUAAUGUGGAACUAAUAAAGCAGGCUACAGGUAGGCUACUUGUCAUGGCUAUUGUAUUUGAACUUGUUUCCACUCAACAGUGAUAAUUGAAGUUUUGUUUGUUUAGUUUUAUAUCAUUGAAAUGGGGAAGAGCUAAUAGAGGCAGAUUUAAGUUUUGUGGUUCUUGAUAUCUGCAAGACUUUAGUUGCCCCACUGUGUAUGAUGAUGUCAUAUUGCUAAAUCUACCUUCAAAAUGACAUCUCUUGUUUUUUAAGUUUCACUCAAAGAAGCUACAGAGACAUAUAAACUCUACAUUGACGUGUUGUAAGUAAAAGAAAACCUGAUUAUUCAGGCUAUACUUUAAUCACUGUCAAACUUUGCCAUAGGACAAAAUUGUUAUAUUUGAUUCUUAUCUAGUGAGGAAUAGGAAAUACAUGCAAAAAUGAAAUCAGCAAAAAUCAAGUCUUGCCCAUUCUCUCCUAAGGUUUAACUCUGACAGACAUGCCACCAUGACCAUUUUAGACAUUGGCUUGCUGACUGGCUUUGUAGUUGACUUUGAGGAUCUGAAACAGGUGAGUGAUCAAUGUUGAUAUAGCAGAUGGCUUGUGGUGCUUUGCUACUGCCUUUCUGAGACCUAGAAGUACUGUUGCCCAGGCCUGGAUCCAGAAAACGCAUUGGCAUGUACUGGGUCAGUAGUAUUGACUGUGCUUCUUGCAGAUAGCCUCGACUCCAGGCAUUCCAGCAGGUUUCUCCAGAAUGCCUGGAUUCAUUGGAUAUCAGAGAGGGAUCACAGUGCUCCUUUUGGCUGAACAAUUUCUGUGAUACAUACCUAGCAAAACAGCUUGCAGAUAUUCUAUCUUAAUUUGAUCACUCCGUUGUCGCAGAGAAAUGCAAAUUGUACUGUAUUUGAGGUUUAAAAAGGCUUCUAAAGUUUCCACAAAUCAGACUUGAUUUGCCCUAACGAAAAAUUUAUCAACCCCUACAAAAAUGUAAUUGAUUCACAUUUCCUGUUGCUACAGGAUUAUCUUCCUGCUGUGAGAAACAUGGUCAAAUUAAGAUAGCAGAUCUGUAUGUACUCUUAUCCUUAGUAGUCUUUCAUUAGCCUAACUGUAAUAUUUCCCUGUAAAAUCAAUUGGGUCCAUACUUGCGAACAUAAAAAAAAAGUGUUCGUUUCAGAUUAAGCAUCAACCAAUUAAAAUCGUUGACGUAGUUGCACGUGAUCAAAGGCUACAUGUUAGCUGUUCCCAUGACAUAACCUGGCAUAUUUAGCCCUAUGCUAACCUCACUAUAUGGCCAUGAUUAUAUCCGGUUCAAAUUCCAUAUUAGCCAAUUAACAUCGUUGACAUAGUUGGACAUAUAGAACACUUUUCCUUAACAGCAGUCAAACAGCACCAUUUUCUAAUCAGUACUAAAACGCUCACCAAUUUUUAACUGGACAAUUAGCUCACCUGGUGAGGUUAGCAUAGGGCUAAUGUGCGCCAGGUUAUCUGAUGGGACCAGCUACAAUGUAGGGUUCUCUCACGUGACACUACAUCAACGAUUUUAAUUGGCUGAUGCUUAAACUCAACCUUAAACUGAAACUUUUUUGAAUGUUCGCAAGUAUGGUCCUACGUAUUUCCAUUUCACAUAUUAUAAACAUGUAGCUACACAUACAGAUGAGAGGAGGCUGGUGGGAGGAACUAUAGGAGGAUGGGCUCUUUGUAAUGGCUGGAAUGGAAUAUAUGGAACGGAGUCAAACACAUCAAACAUAUGGAAACUACGUUUGACUCUGUUCUAAUUCCAUUCCAGCCAAUGAGCCCGUCCUCCUAUAGCUCCUCCCACCAGCAUCCUCUGAUACAGAUAGAAACAACUGAGUGUGGCAGAAUAUGGCCAAAAUGCAUAAAACUGUUAAACAUUACAUACAGCGUCACCAGAUUAUAUAAACAAUUAAAUUGUGUCUAUAGUCUUCUGCAACCAUACCGUCUGCACUAAAGUCCCUUUGUAGCAGUUAAGUACCUUACUCUUAUAGUUUUACAUUAAAAUGGUCCAAAAAAAUAAAUAAUGUUUUUGCAUUUGAGCAAAAAAUUAUUUCCCAAGCAAGAAUUUUGCUAGGACUGUCUGGGAGUGGUCUGAGUGAGGGGCCUAAUUGGAGUGGCCUAAUAGGAGGGAUAUGUAGCCUGAAAACUAGCUGUUAUUAUUGGCCAAGAGGUUUGGAACACUCUUUAUUAUUGGUCUAUUAACUUAUUCCGCCUGGUGAUGUCACCAGGCAAGCCAAAACUCCACCCAUGCAAAACCUCUUGAUUACAUUUUAUUUUCAACCAGCAACUAUCAGCUAUAACACAGAUCAAUUUGUUUCACACUUUUACAGUGUUAGUUUCAUCAGCUGUUGUACAAUAGAAUACAAAACACAGGAAAAACAGAAUUUUGAGUGCACUGGUCCUUACACGUAAUUACACCUUUGACGGAAUUGUUACUGAGGAUAGUAUAACAUAUUGUUUUUAUAUACAUGCUUUUACAUACAGUGGGGAAAAAAGUAUUUAGUCAGCCACCAAUUGUGCAAGUGCUCCCACUUAAAAAGAUGAGAGAGGCCUGUAAUUUUCAUCAUAGGUACACGUCAACUAUGACAGACAAAAUGAGAAAAAAAAAUCCAGAAAAUCACAUUGUAGGAUUUUUAAUGAAUUUAUUUGCAAAUUAUGGUGGAAAAUAAGUAUUUGGUCACCUAAAAACAAGCAAGAUUUCUGGCUCUCACAGACCUGUAACUUCUUCUUUAAGAGGCUCCUCUGUCCUCCACUCGUUACCUGUAUUAAUGGCACCUGUUUGAACUUGUUAUCAGUAUAAAAGACACCUGUCCACAACCUCAAACAGUCACACUCCAAACUCCACUAUGGCCAAGACCAAAGAGCUGUCAAAGGACACCAGAAACAAAAUUGUAGACCUGCACCAGGCUGGGAAGACUGAAUCUGCAAUAGGUAAGCAGCUUGGUUUGAAGAAAUCAACUGUGGGAGCAAUUAUUAGGAAAUGGAAGACAUACAAGACCACUGAUAAUCUCCCUCGAUCUGGGGCUCCACGCAAGAUCUCACCCCGUGGGGUCAAAAUGAUCACAAGAACGGUGAGACCUAGUGAAUGACCUGCAGAGAGCUGGGACCAAAGUAACAAAGCCUACCAUCAAUAACACACUACGCCGCCAGGGACUCAAAUCCUGCAGUGCCAGAUGUGUCCCCCUGCUUAAGCCAGUACAUGUCCAGGCCCAUCUGAAGUUUGCUAGAGUGCAUUUGGAUGAUCCAGAAGAGGAUUGGGAGAAUGUCAUAUGGUCAAACCAAAAUAGAACUUUUUGGUAAAAACUCAACUCGUCGUGUUUGGAGGACAAAGAAUGCUGAGUUGCAUCCAAAGAACACCAUACCUACUGUGAAGCAUGGGGGUGGAAACAUCAUGCUUUGGGGCUGUUUUUCUGCAAAGGGACCAGGACGACUGAUCCGUGUAAAGGAAAGAAUGAAUGGGGCCAUGUAUCGUGAGAUUUUGAGUGAAAACCUCCUUCCAUCAGCAAGGGCAUUGAAGAUGAAACGUGGCUGGGUCUUUCAGCAUGACAAUGACCCCAAACACACCACCCGGGCAAUGAAGGAGUGGCUUCAUAAGAAGCAUUUCAAGGUCCUGGAGUGGCCUAGCCAGUCUCCAGAUCUCAACCCCAUAGAAAAUCUUUGGAGGGAGUUGAAAGUCCGUGUUGCCCAGCGACAGCCCCAAAACAUCACUGCUCUAGAGGAGAUCUGCAUGGAGGAAUGGGCCAAAAUACCAGCAACAGUGUGUGAAAACCUUGUGAAGACUUACAGAAAACGUUUGACCUGUGUCAUUGCCAACAAAGGGUAUAUAACAAAGUAUUGAGAAACUUUUGUUAUUGACCAAAUACUUAUUUUCCACCAUAAUUUGCAAAUAAAUUCAUUAAAAAUCCUACAAUGUGAUUUUCUGGAUUUUUUUUCUCAUUUUGUCUGUCAUAGUUGACGUGUAUCUCUCAUCUUUUUAAGUGGGAGAACUUGCACAAUUGGUGGCUGACUAAAUACUUUUUUCCCCCACUGUACCUGUAGUAGUCGAUAACCGGACACAAAAGUUACUGUGUUCGCAGUUCUGGCGCAUUCUUUAUUCUGAAGAAUCUCGUGCCUGGCCAGAACUUCUUCCAUCCCUACUACCGCUACAGAGUAGCAGCGCCGUCUAUUGGAUUGAUGGUAGAACUACAGCUACAGCUUGAAGGAGAUAAAUACGAAAUUGAUCAGACAGCUUAGCUUUUGGUUAAAAAAAUAUAAAAAGUGUGUCUCUUUUUCAAGUGUCUAAUUUUUCCACCAUUGCAACUGCUUAAUGCAGCUCUGGUGUAGUUAUGGCAAUAGUCUUAUUCACUCAGGCUGGAUGAACACUUUUUAGCACAGCAUUGCCUAAGAACACAGUUUUUCUUCAUUUCAGAUUUUUUUGUGGAUAAUACACAAUAAACAUUAAUGGUUCAAAGUUCACUCUUGUGUUUCUGCUUGCAGUUGUCAACCGGGAGGGAAAGGUACAUUCAGAAUUUUGAAAUGGACAAAACGUUGUCUGAGAGGGGCUCCCUCAUCAUCUAUCUUGGCCAGGUAUCUGUUUGUGACUGCAUGCCACACUGGUAUUGAAAUUGAUUUCUUCUUCUCAGUGACAUGUAUACAAUGACGUUCAUUUUAUUAUUCAACUUUCACUAUAUCUCUGGUAUCCAUUAAGGUAUCUAAUAAACUAGCAGACAAGGUGGCGUUCAGAAUACACAAGGUACAAGAUGUAGGUCUGAUUCAACCUGUUGGGGUCACCGUUUAUGAAUACUAUGCUCAAGGUAUGCUUUAUUUGAGAAGGGAUAUGAAUCAGACCUGGUUUAAAUAGAAUUCACAUUUCUUUUUUAAAUACUUAACCUGUGCUUGAUUCAGCAUGUCUGGUGGAAUGGAACCAAUGGAAUAGUCCCAAAAAUAUAAACCCUGCCCAUCUGGCAUUCCAGGCAGGCUCAAUCAAACACUCAACGUAUUUGAAAGAAAACAAAUACUAUUUGAACCCAGGUCUGAUAUAUGCACACACACUCACAUGUACCUCAGACUACAAUGCAUUCACUAGAAAUGCCAACACACAGAAGAAAUAGUCUUGAAUAGGGAUUUUUGUCAUUUUAGAGAACCGCUGUGUGAAGUUCUACCACCCAAUGAAGAAGGAUGGAACCCUAAACAGGCUUUGUCAAGAUGAUGUGUGUCGUUGUGCUGAAGGUACCAUGCCUCGGUGGCCAAAUUGCUGCCAAAAAGUAGUUGCAGUUAUAGGAUGAGCUUACCCUACUCUGAUCCUUUUACCAUUGUCAACAAUCCCUCCAUCAUCCAUUCAAAUAUCAUGUUCUAUUUUCACAUGGAAUUAUCACUUUGCCUGUACAAUAAUAUGUUAAUGUAGCCUGGGUCCCCAUCAUUCCACUCCUUGCCACUCCUUGUCAUGCCAAACAAUGACACAGAGUGCAAGGAGUGGAAUGUUUGUACAAAACAGGUUCUGAAUUUCAGCCUAACGUUAAUAUACUGUAUGCCAAAGUAAUACUGUCCUCACUAUAUAGAUUGGCUGGUUACUUUGACAUUUUCAUACUCACACAUUACCUUUCUUUCAUAGAGAGCUGUAGCUACCAGAAGAAACUUGGAGAUGUGAGUGAAGUGAAACUGUUGGACAAAGCCUGCGAAGCUGCUAUGGAUUAUGGUAAGUCUCCAGUCUUUUGAGACAGACAAUUAUGUUCAGUAGUAUGGCACAGCGAUGCAAAGUGCUUUGCAAUGGAAAAUGUGUGUUUUCUCCCUACUGGACAUGACUCAGGUAUUAUUAAAGUGAACAAAAUGAUAUGUUUACUUAUUCAUUUGACUUUGUAUUUUUCACAGUUUUCAAAGUCUCCUUGGUUGAUGCAACACUGGAGUCCCACAUCGAUACAUACCGCAUGAAAAUAGAAAGGAUUAUCAAAGAAGGUAGGAUAAGUCCUUAAUGUUUAGUCAUGAGUUUCCACACGAUAAUCAUUCACUGCUGGAUUAUAUAGAGUAGGACUAUGAAUAUCAACAGUGACAGUUGAUAUUUUGUCAACAUUUUUAAAUGCUCCUCUCUCUUUAACGCAAAUGUGUCAUUCCACAAAUAGAGUGCCUAUUGAGUAGUGUAAUUUGUCAAAAAUAUAUAUUUUGAAUUUUUCACCUAAUUUUCACAUUCUGUUCAACUUUCCCCAUCUCAAGGUUUAAUUAAGAAAAAGUACUAUAAAAGUAACAGGGUUGAUCGUAACAGUGUUCACGAUUUCAUCUUGAAUCAGCCAUAACUUCCCUUGUGACAGGGGAAAUGGAAGCUUGUUGUGUGCAACAGGGAGGGGCAAUUUAAAUCAAGCUUAAUACAAAUAUUUUACUUGUUAAAAUAUUUCUCGCCUAUCUAUCGAUGGGUAACAGUGUUGACUUGUUAUGUUCAACGUGCUCAGUUUUCCACCAUUAAACACCAGAAAAUGGCCAACUCACAUGCUUUUACACUUUGAUUUGACUAUUAGACAUUCAAUGUUUCUUUUGAAAAAAAUAUUAGUUUUACCAGGUUAAAACGAGACUUCAGUUCACAUUACAGGGUUGACCUUAAAACUGAGGGACAAAUGUUAAUGAAUCACUAAUCACAUGAAAUAAGUAAACAUCUUCAGAAAUGACUUUCCCAAAGCAACAAAAUAAAUAGGGCUUUACAAUUAUGGUGAAAACAUGUGAAAAUCUUGGGGUGAUGUGGGUUAAAAUCUUCCUAGAAGUUGGACAAACAUGAUGUGGGACAUGCCAAAAUGGUGAUUUUCAGAGAAAACAAAUCACUUAUUUGAAUAAAAACAAUUUUUUUACAUUGUUAAGUUAGAGCAUAGAUGUUUGUGAUCCAACUGGUAAAUUGAGUGUUUUAUCAACAUUUACACACAUAAUGUCUGAAGUACAUAAAAGGCAAUCUAUUCAUGGAGCGACCUAAAUAUUUCCUAGACACACAAUAUGGUUUUGCACACACAUGCAAAUGUUUUUGUUUUUCCAGAAAGUUUAAAACCAAGUUAUUUAGAAAUGAGAUCAAUGUUAAUGUUCAAUUUCUCUUUAGGCACUGACCAUGUGUUGGACGGGGAAAAACGCUUGUUCCUGGCCCACCCCUCCUGUAGAGAGGCACUAGAUCUGAAAGAAGGACAGAACUACCUGCUCAUGGGAGACACUGCAGAUCUUAUCCAGAGUGGUGACAUG